AUCGCAUUAUGUCGUCGCGCUGCCGAUAGUUGGAAAGUUUUUGUAGUUUGCAGUCAGUCCACGAAGUACCCUCAACCUGUCAAUAUCGUCUCCUUCCAUAUAGUCCGGGGAAAUUGGUCGGUUCGAUUUAGGUGUCUCUUUUUGGUCUUUUUCUGUCCUUUUCGUCUUUCGGUACGGUCAGAGGUGGUCCUGCUGAACUCAACACUUCCCCGCUCUGCUCGAUCUUGGUAGUGAGAUGUUACCUGGCUAGAGAACAGCGAUCGUUUCUUCGUUGACUCUUGAUCGCGAUUGACGGAGUUCUUGGAAGAUCGUUGGUUUAUCCGAGAAGAUUUCUGCGUGCGGUUGAUCGUUCCUCCGCAGAAGAAGCAAAUAUUGCAACAGUGAUGAGCAAGUGUCGGCGUGCACGUGAAGUUGCGAAAAUCGUGAAAAGCGUGAAAAGUGUGACUAAUGCCGCCAAAGAAAUGAAGUUGCAGCUAUUAUGAUACACGAAUGUUUGUUCAAACGUAGAGUGAAGUGGCUGACACGAAUGUCCUGGAAGUUUUAAUGUAUAUUAGUUAAUCUGUUUUACAUGGUCGACGGAUUCAAUGCUAUUGUGUUUCCUGUACAACUGUUAAGUUUUAUUUGUUUGGACAAUCUACCCUAAUCGACAAUCUUUUCAUUCUGGAUCACCCAAGUAUCGACGAUUGCAACCAUCACGACGGCGUCGAAUCGCGGGAAGGUGGAGCUAUGUAUAUAUCAUGCGGUAGCGCCGAUAGUACAACUCCCAUGGAGCCGGAAACGGGAUACGUCCCGAAUAAUCCCCUGUUCGGGGUACCCCUCGACAGCCCCCAGGAAUGUCCAUCGUCUUGCGGUGGGAGCGGCUGUUCUAGCUGUCAGGAGAGCACAUCGCUUCCCUUGCCGGGCUUACACGGAUCGGAUUUCGUCGACUGCGGAAACUGUCUCGACCACAACGGUGCGCUCAGCUCACAAACCAACCUAGGCAACUACUGGAGCGAAGAUAUGAGCACAUUCCCAGGACUGCCACCAUUGGAUAUCGACCCGUUACCUAGCUUGUUCCCCUUCUCGCCUUGUGGUGCUACGUACAACAGACCCGAACGUCCCUCGCACGACGUGGCCGAUGUGCUGUUGUCGUUAAAACACGCCGUCCUCAAGCAGAGCCCGGAUCCGCAGCAGUUGCCCCAGCCGCCAUCACCCGGCGCCUUUGCCCCACCUCAGGCCUCGCUCUCGUACACCGUGCACCCGCAGAUGCUCCUGUCGCCGGUUGGCCACCACAAUCACAAUUCGCACUACAGUCAAGCUCAAUCUCAGAGUGGAUCUUAUCCCUCGAACUAUUACGAAACGUCUUGUGCACAACAUUCAACGCCAAUCUACCCGAGCAUGAGUGUGAACGUUAGCAUGAACAUGACCAUGCACGGUUACGGAUCAGCGGACGGCCCAAUGCCCAUGCAGUGCUCCCAGAUGCAGUGGGGCCCACAAACUCCGGGGUCCUCGUCGGUGAACGUUCUCUACCCACCGCUGCUCAGUCCAGUUCCGUAUCCGGCUGGUGCUACCUAUUCGUUCACCGCCGACUUCAGGCCACAAAAUCAAACGCAGAAUCUAUCGCCAAUAUUGGAAUCCUCAAAGGCUUCCAGCUUACAGUCGCACCAUCAAAAAUCGUACUAUCAGCCGACCGCGGCCGACUACUCUCCGCCAAAGAGUCCCCCCGAAUACGAGCAGACCGACUUUCAACUGAAGAUGAAAACGGAAAAGUCUCUGGGAAUCACCUUCGAAGAAGAGGACGGCAGUGGCAGCGAUGGCCAAAACGGGGACAACAAACCGAACCUGUGUCGGCUCUGCGGGAAAACGUACGCCAGGCCAAGUACGCUCAAAACCCAUCUGCGAACGCACUCCGGAGAGCGUCCCUAUCGGUGUUCGGAUUGCAGCAAGAGUUUCAGCCAAGCGGCCAAUCUGGCGGCUCACAUUCGCACCCACACCGGGCAGAAACCGUUCCGUUGUCCGAUUUGCGAUCGGCGAUUCUCGCAGAGUUCCAGCGUGACGACCCACAUGCGGACCCAUUCCGGCGAGCGGCCCUAUCGCUGUCGAGCCUGCAAGAAGGCGUUCAGUGAUAGUUCGACGCUCACGAAACAUCUGAGGAUCCACAGCGGGGAAAAGCCUUACCAGUGUAAGCUGUGCUUGUUGAGGUUCUCCCAGUCCGGCAAUCUGAACCGGCACAUGCGCGUCCACGGAACGAACGGCCAGGCUCUCAUGACAUGACAGCAGAAACAAACGCAGCAACCUCCUCCGCCACAUCCCCCAGGGUCGUACCCACUUCCCUACGGGCAACUUCCGAGCGCGCUCCAUCACUACAGUCGCACCUCGUCCACGCUGAUGGCCGCUUCGGCUGGCAGUGGACCGUCCACUGGUUCGGCCUCAUCCACUGCGGGAACCGCAGGAAGCACUUCCCUGACUGGAUCGUCAAACUACGGAAGCACCAUGCCGUUCUCCUCGGUUGGACAUACCGCAGCCAGCAGUUCCUACAAUGGGUUUAACUUCAAACCAUUCGCACCGCCUCCGCCCCCGCCUCAUCACCAUCAUCAUCAGCUGUCCUACUUUGAAGAGUACCAUCACUAUCAACAGCAGCGCAACAAAUACGACGAUAUUAGCCUCUUUAGGAACAACUUUGUAAAUAUAUUCUAAGCGCUGGGCAUUCUACGGAUGGGUACUGGAGCCAUAAUGAACUUUGUCCCACUCUAAUGGAUACUUCGACAUCACAAAUUUCUUCAACCCAAAACGAGAACAAGACACAACGGACACCAUCUCAAAAAAUCUGUAUUUUCUAUAGCUAGAGCCGCUCUGAUUGUUAGGUGUCAAGCCAUUAAUCGUUUCAAUUCUAGUCACAGCUACCGUUUUAUUCUGACGAAAAGAACAUAACAAGAGAAUCAAACAGCCAAUCAACGAGCAAAUCGGUUAUCAAUUAGACAUGUUGGUAGCAUAUUACUCCCUAACUGUUGUACUGAAUGUUGCAAGAUAAUUUGUAUGCGGAAAGAAGGAGGACUUAAUGUGUGAUUCAAGCUAAUCCAACCGAACAAUAAAGACAGUGAUGUUUAAGUCA